AUGAGACAAGUUGAUACAUCAGUAUCAAUUAUAGAUCAUUUUGAUCUAUUUACAAUUGUAUUUGAUAUAUUAAUUUCGAUUGUUGGUGGUCUAAUUGUUAAUCGUUUAGUACCAAUAUUAAAAGAUAAAUUUAUUCGUGCUCAAUUAUGGGGAUAUGAUUUGAAUAAAAGAAAUUCAAGAGAAAUAAAAAUUGCAGAAUCCCAGGGUGUUAUAGCAGCUGGUAUUUUUCUUAUUUUAAUGUUUAUUAUGAUUGCUAUUGUAUUUUCUGAACAUCUACAUCCAAAAAGUGAUUUUCCACAUAAUAAAUUUAUUGAAUAUUUGGCUGCUUUACUUUCAAUAUGUUGUAUGGUUCUACUUGGCUUUGUAGAUGAUGUACUUGAUUUACGUUGGAGUGUGAAAUUAUUGUUACCUUUAAUUGCAUCUUUACCACUGUUACUAGUUUAUUUUGCUAAUUAUCAUUCAACAACUAUUAUUCUACCAAAGCCAGUAAGACCAUUUUUAGGUCAUCAAUGGAAUCUUGGCAUUCUAUAUUAUGUCUAUAUGAGUAUGGUAGCUGUAUUUUGUACAAAUGCAAUUAAUAUUCUAGCUGGUGUUAAUGGACUUGAAGUUGGUCAAUCGAUUGUUAUUGCAGCUUCAAUACUUAUUUUUAACUUUAUUGAAUUACAAGGUUUGAAAAUGAUUUUCAAUUAA